UAUUUUAAAAAUUUCUCGUCAAUUAUAUUUGCUAUGUAGCCAAAAGGUUUUAAAUUAACAGUGGACUUAAAAUUUAUUUUGCAUAUACUAUUUGAUUAAGUUUAUUUAAACAAAAUGUUUCCUCAGCGCUGUUUUUAUAUUUUGGCAGUCGUCAUUCUAGUGGAACUUUUUAUUUUCUCAAUCGCCUGGUAUGUGGAUAGUAUUUCUAAUCCCAUAUAUCCGGAACAUUUGAAAUUGGAUACCCUAGUGCGAGAGCCCACAAUCGAGCAAAUGAUUGAAGGUGUUGAUCAAGAACUGCACAAUUUGCCGUUUCAACUUUAUAUACAAAAUAAAGAUAAGGGUUAUGGCAUAAAUUCUACCUGCGCUCAAUAUCCCAAUAUUUUGCAUAUAAAGUUUCAUAAUAAUUUUUAUCAGGAAUUUGAAAAUUUAAAUGUGACUUUUGAACUGUUCGGAGCAUACUAUGACAAUCGAACUGCCUUUCCAGAUCAUCCAGUAAUACGAGUUUUGGCGAUGGUGAAUCAAAUUGAAGAGAAAUUUCCCACAAGUUACUGCCAGUUGUGGUAUGAAAAGCAAAAGGAACCUUUUAUUGUGCCCAUAACAAAAUACUUUCCAAUUUGGUUUAAGUAUUGGGGUGGUAAUCCAAAUGUUUUGUAUCCAUUUUUGAUAACAUGUGUGCUACCAAGGAAUAAGGUUUCUGAAGUACCACAAAGUGUAUCCAUUGUUGCUGAGGAAUGCGAAAGAGCUACAAAUCACUUGAAAGUUAUAUAUGAAUCACCAACACGAAAUAUCACGAAAGGUGGUUUUGCUGUUUGUUUGAAGAAUUUGGUGUUUCCAUUUGUUGAUAUAUCCGCACGCUUGGUAGAAUGGAUGGAAAUGAUGCGCAUACUUGGUGCUCAAGAAGUAAUUGCUUACUCAAUAACAGUACAUCCGAAUGUUACCAAAGUAAUAGAUUAUUAUAAGGAACAAGGUUUCUUAAGGGUAUAUCCUCAUUCCUAUGCACGUGGUGAACCUGUGUUUCCUUAUAUUAUGCGUUAUAUUAUGAAGCAUCACUAUCUUAAUAAGGUGUUGAACGAACUGUUGCCAUACAACGAUUGUUUUUAUAGAAAUUUAUAUAAAUAUGAUUAUGUGGCUUGUAUUGAUUUGGAUGAAGUAAUCAUGCCACUGGGUAAUUGGACAUCAUGGUAUGAUAUUGUUGAAUAUGCUGAAGAGCAUAAACGUCCAGGUUGCCAAACUCAUGUGAGUCUAUGCUUUCAAAACAUUUAUUUUCCAAAUUAUGAAAAAGAGGGAACUGAUUUAAUUAUUCCGAAAUACUUUCAUAUGCUACAACAUGUUCGGAGAGUCGAAAAACACUUGGACGUUGGUUUGGGAACAAAAUGUUUACAUAAUACAAAUUAUGCUAUAAUGCUACACCAUCAUUAUUGCUUCAAAUGGUUGGGUUGUGGUCCACUGCACAUAAAUUCCACUCUCGCUCAAUUACAACAUUAUCGGGACCCAGUAGACCAGCGUACAAUGAAUUUAACGAUAUUGGAUGAUAAUAUUUUGCGAUUUCAUAAAAAUUUAUUCAAACGGUCUAUGAGAGUUUUUUAUGAAUUGAACUUUCUUUAGAAACCGUCACAUCAAAAUUCAUGUUCAAAUUACAUCAAAAUAUUGAUUUCAUUUAAAACGAAAACAUUGUCUCUUUAUAUAGCUUGUGUGGUGAAUAAAAAAUAAUUUCCUUAAUG